AGCCUGUGGCUGCCGCUGCCGAGGAAGUCGGCUCUCCCGCGGGCGGCGGUGGCAGAUCAAUGAAGUGACUUUCCGGGCAGGCUGGGCGGCUGGUCGUGUCGGCGCAGCUCGGCUUUGCUGCCGCCCGUGAUCCCGGGAGAGGGGCCGAGCAGGGCGGCGGCGGCAGGGCGCGUUGCAUGAGAGACUCAGUCCAGGGAGAGGGGGGUGGAGGCGGAGGAGGCGCCGAGCCAGCCAGCGGCAGGAGGAGAGGAGAAGCCCAGUCCCAGCAGCCAGGGAGGGAGAGGCGCUUUCCAGCGGCCGCCUCCCUCUCUCGCGCGCCAGCCAAGUCGCUGCAGAAGUUGCUUCCCGUCCGGAGGGGAAGCUCGGGCUUAGGCUGGGCAAUGAUUUUCCCCAACAGCAGCAGCAACUCUGCGGGCGGCGGCAGAACUCCUUAUAGGAAACAGCAGCCCAUCGUGCCUGCCCAUCCAAUGGCUCCUCCGAGCCCCAGCAUCACCAGCAGCAACAACAACAGCAGCAGCAGCAGCAACUCAGGAUGGGAUCAAUUAAGUAAAACGAACCUUUAUAUCAGAGGGCUGCCUCCAAACACCACUGACCAGGACUUAGUAAAAUUAUGCCAACCAUAUGGGAAAAUUGUAUCCACGAAAGCUAUUUUGGAUAAAACAACAAACAAAUGCAAAGGUUAUGGUUUUGUAGACUUUGACAGUCCAGCUGCGGCUCAGAAAGCAGUAUCUGCUCUGAAGGCUACUGGAGUUCAAGCACAGAUGGCAAAGCAACAGGAACAGGACCCAACUAAUUUAUAUAUUUCCAAUUUGCCACUUUCAAUGGAUGAACAAGAGCUUGAGAAUAUGCUGAAACCCUUUGGACAAGUUAUCUCUACAAGAAUACUUCGUGAUUCCAAUGGCACAAGUCGUGGGGUUGGCUUUGCAAGGAUGGAGUCAACAGAAAAAUGUGAAGCAGUGAUUGCCCAUUUUAAUGGAAAGUUUAUCAAAACACCAUCCGGCGUUUCUGCUCCUGCAGAACCUUUGUUGUGUAAGUUUGCAGAUGGAGGACAAAAAAAGAGACAGAAUCAGAACAAAUAUAUACAGAAUGGCAGAGCAUGGCACAGAGAAGGCGAGGUGAGACUUGCUGGGAUGACACUUACUUAUGAUCCAACUACAGCUGCUUUACAAAAUGGAUUCUAUCCUUCACCAUACAGUAUUGCAACAAACAGAAUGAUCACUCAGACGUCUAUUACGCCAUAUAUCGCUUCUCCAGUUUCUACGUACCAGGUGCAGAGUCCUUCAUGGAUGCCCCCUCAACCAUAUAUCAUGCAGCAUCCUGGUGCUGUAUUAACUCCUUCCAUGGACCAUACCAUGUCAUUGCAGCCGGCAUCUAUGAUCAGUCCGCUGACACAGCAGAUGAGUCACCUUUCAUUGGGCAGCACUGGAACAUACAUGCCUGCCACAACAGCUAUGCAAGGAGCCUAUAUACCCCAGUACACACAUGUUCAAACAGCAGCUGUUCCGGUUGAGGAGGCCAGUGGUCAACAGCAAGUUACCGUAGAGACAUCCAGUGAUCAUUCUCCGUAUACUUAUCAGCAGAACAAGUAAUUGUGAGAUGUGCGGCGUUGACCUUGCCUAGAGAAGGAUGCAAAGGCUGAAACAAUCAUGGAUUUUACUGAUCAAUUGUGCUUUAGAAAUUAUUGACAGUUUUGCACAGGUUCUUGAAAACGUUAUUUAUAAUGAAAUCAACUGAAACUAUUUUUGCUAUAAGUUCUAUAAGGUGCAUAAAGAAAAAGAAAAAUCCUUAAAUUCAUCCUAAUAGCUGUUCCUCUCCCCCACCUUGGACAGGUUUAUUUUAGUAAAAAAAAAAGUUUUUAUCAAGUGUUAUGACGCAAAAAAUAAAAAUAAAUAAAAAUAAAAGAAAGAAAGAAAAGGUCUGGCCAUGCACAGAUCGCAGUGGAGACAUGUUCACGUGCAUGACAAAAUCCGUCUCUUGGUUUAUUUUUAUUUUUAUGUUUUUUAAUGAUAUAAGAAUUGUUUUUGGAAGUUUAAACUAGUAAAACAUCCAUGCUGAUGUUCUGUGCUUGCUGUGUGAGUGCCGCCGUCGUGCAGUGUUGCAGUCGUAGCGUCUGUUUUCAUAGCUUUUUGUUUUCUUUUAAGGUAGUGUGAAGUGUCUUAUCUUUUUUCUAUCAAUUCCAAUUUGCCUUAACUCUUUUAAUGCUGUAGCUGUUUCAGUACGUAGUCCAAACUAAUGGUGUAGAAUGCUUUCGACCAAAUGAGCUGGUCUAUUAUGCCUUGUAAAACAGCAGGAUAGGGCUUUAAAGAGGUAGUCAAUUAAAAUUGCUGAAAAAUCUGGCUUUUUAAAAAAAUGUGUAGUAGGUGUUUUUAAUGAUUUUUUUUCCUCACAUAAUAACGUAAGGUUGUGAAAUGCAAGACUUGGGGUAGGGAAAUGUUUUGUGUGAAACACAUUUUUCUGACUGGGGAAAUUUUAAUAGGAUAAAUUGUUUGUAAGGCCUUAUGCCAAUUAGUUUUCCUCUGCUAGUUAGGAACUCUGCUGUAUGAUGCAAUGUAAAAAACAAAACAAAAAACGAAAAAAAAAACUUUUUGCCUUUUUCCAGAAGCUAAUUGAUGUUCUAGUUUUAGGGUGGGGAAGUUUGGGGGUGGGAAAUCGCAGAAUGUUUCUGUCCUUCCUUUCUAGUAAUGAUAGUGCUUUAGAAUGAUGCUGUACUGAGACCUGGCAGAUAGAAGCAUUUGCUUUUACAGCAAAGGCAAAAGCUACAAGACUUUUUUUUCAAAACAUAAGCUGAGAUGUAAGUAGAAAACAUAAUAGAUUGGGUACUAGCUCUCCAUAUUAGGUAAAUAAAGACUUGGCACUUUUUAAAGGUAACUUUACCAAAGAACAAAGAGCCAGUAACCAAUAAUUCUGAUUUGUCUCAGCAGUUACGUCUUCUGUACUCUUUAUUUUUUUUGCCGGACCAGUUUGCGGUUAGAAGAAUGUGCCUUUUUUUGUACAUUUGCAUUUAGGUUUUAUAAUUUUUAAUUGAUGUAUGGACACAAACAAAAAAGCAUGAAGGAAGACUUGGAUCCAAGCAGUGCCACGCUUUACAUCAUCACUACAAGUGUUAAGUGUAAAGAAAAAAAAAACCAUUUUGAAACUAUGAAAUUCCUGAUUUCACAAAUACACUGUUAUUUGUACUUUUUACGUAUUAGAUAAACUCACUGCUAUUAAAGCUCUUUUUAUUAUGAUCGCAUGUGUAUUGAAUCAAAUGGUAAAUUAAGUUGUCUUCCAAAACUGUGUACUUGUCUGGUCAGCUGUGUUUGAUCAGUUAUCUACCUCAAGGCUUAUUUCCUUUUGUAAUGGGACAGGUUGCUGGCCCUCCCUGUUACCACAGACCAAAUCAUCCUAGCUCAGGAGCUAGGCCUAAGCAAUUCUUUCUUUUCACUUUUUUUUUAGUUUUUAAAUUUUAUGUGAGUCUUCAAGUACAGAUGUCAGUGACAUUUCAUAGUUUCAAAAGUCAAUGCUGCUCUAAGAAGUGUAGAUUCUAGUAAAUUACAUAGUCAUAAGAAAUGUGUUUUUGUUUCUUCUUAUUUUUCUUUUAUUUUUAAAGGAAAAAAAGUUGUGGUAUUAUUGGUUCUAUGCUCCCUGGAAUUUACUGCUUUGUCAAAGUUCAGACUUCCUGCAACUCAUUCCCUGUGGCUGGGACAGUUUCAGACCUGGAGAAAGAGGGGUUCUUUGCUACUUGAUCUUUCCUUUCAAUUAGCUAAACUUUGGUUGAGAAAGAGGGAAUAGACGCUGCUUGAAAAGUCUGAACUAAGUGCCAUACUCAUUAUCUGGGUAAGAUUUGCAAAAUGUAACCUCUGUACAUAAAGAAAUAAUCAGUUACUUAAACAUCACAUAGUAGACAGCCAUUAAAUUAUAAAAAAAUAAUUUAUGAAGAAAGACCUUUUGUACAGAUUGAAAAAAAAAGAUUUUCAUAGAGAUAUCUAUAUGAUCAAGAGAGUUAAUUUUUUAUUUUUGUUUUACUAGUGCCACAAACUUGCCAGUGGUAACUUAUUUGUCCGGUUCAAGAUAACUCUGUCAUUUUGUUUCCUAGGACUUGUUGUUAAAUGCCAAAAGACAUUUUUGAACUGUAAAUUUGAUUAGAUUGUUAGCUUUUUUCUGUUUUAUUUCUUUUGAAAACUUUUGAAUAAAAAAGAUCAAAACUGA